UAUUCAGAAGUUUGUCAUCACCGCGGCAGUGCGUUGUGAAUUCUGUGUGUUAUUUUUGAUUUGUUUUACGAUUAAUUUUAUUUAUAUUAGUUAACAUUUUGUUGCAAAUAAUGUUAGAAAAGUGAUCAAGUGGACGAAUAAAAUACUACGCGCUACGUAAGAUCUUACAAAGGUAUUCAAAAUGCAUCCCAACGGGAUGCUACAGCCCUUCAUGUCCUACUCACCACCAUUCAAACAGUGGCUUCUUGCAGCCGCAUUGCUGUUGCUCUGUUGCAAUUUAAACAUAGUCGCUGCACAACAAGAGAAUUACUAUAAUACACAACAACAACAGCAGCAACAACAACAACAACAACAGCAGCAACAACAACAACAACAACAGCAAGUAUACAAUCAAAAUAAUCCACAAAAUCCAUUCCCUGGCUCUCAAGCCUACGAUGAUGUGAAUCAACGCUUCAAUAAUGAUCCUUAUAAUCAGAAUUCCAAUACGAAUCAGAAUCUCAAUACGAAUUUUAACCAAAAUACAAAUUAUAAUACGAAUGAUCCCGAUCGCACACGCUAUCGCACCGAUAACUUCAAUGAUUUGCCAGUUGAUGAACGUCCGAAUGCUGGCUAUGGCGGUGAGGAAGAUUUAAAUUUCGGCCGUGGCAAAACUUCGUACAAUGUAAAAGCAACUUUCUUAGAAUCGUUCCAUACGCGUGAACCGACUUAUUUUAUUGUUGCAUCACGCAUGGUGCGACCUGGCCUCAUCUAUAAGGUUGCGGUAUCGAUAUUGCGUGCUCAGUACCCAGUAACGGUGCAUGCCAGUAUUUCGUGUGAUGGUGUGCAGAUCAGUGGUGAUUCCAAAGAUGUAAAAGUGGGCGUACCCGAAACGAUGUUGAUGCGCGUGCCGCCUACGAGCGUCAAUGGGGAGUACAAACUGCGAGUAGAGGGUUUUUAUCAAGAUGUGUUCGGUGGUUUGGCCUUUCUGAAUGAAACACGCUUGGAUUUUUCGCAACGUUCGAUGAGUAUAUUCAUACAAACCGACAAACCUUUGUACAUGCAGGGCGAAACUGUGCGUUUCCGUUCGAUACCGAUCACAACUGAGCUGAAGGGCUUCGAUAAUGCAAUUGACGUUUAUAUGCUGGAUCCGAAUAAACAUAUUUUGCGGCGUUGGCUAUCACGCCAAUCGAAUCUUGGUUCCGUCUCUUUGGAAUACAAACUCGCUGAUCAACCCACCUUUGGUGAGUGGACAAUUCGUGUAAUUGCACAAGGUCAAGUGGAAGAAGGGCACUUCAGUGUAGAAGAGUAUUAUCAGACUCGUUUUGAAGUAAAUGUCACAAUGCCAGCAUUCUUUUUCACCACCGACCAAUUUAUUCAUGGCCGCGUGAUGGCCAAUUUCACUAGUGGUCACCCAGUACGCGGCAAUCUGACGUUGAAAGCAACGAUAAGACCUAUCGGAUACUUCAGUAAUCAGGUGCUAAACGAAAAAUUCCGCUUGGGACGUUCACCCACCGAAGAAGCUGCACGUUAUUUACAACAUCAGAAAGAACUGUACUACAAUCAAUACAGUCCAGUGCCUACACCAGAAGAUGUUAAUCGUAAUCAGGAUAUGCUUUAUCGCAAUCAGUACGUUGUUGAGCGGCAUUAUGAAUUUGAAGAGGAAUGGCCUUUCUGGGUGCGCAAACCCGAUGUGCCUGAUACGUACGAUUCUUGGACGGGUAGUUAUCGUAAGACAUUACCUUAUUUGCGCUACUUCAACGGUACAUUCCAUUUCAAAUGGCCAGUACGCGAACUGGAGGUUUUGGUGCCACAACUGGCGGGCAUGGAAGUAUUAAUCACCGCUACAGUUGGCGAAAAAUUCUACGACGAAGUGACUUCAGGCUAUGCAAUUGCGCGCGUCUACAAUUCCAGCAUUCGUGUGGCCUUCUUAGGCGAGUCGCCACAAGUCUUCAAGCCCUCCAUGCCGUUCACCGCUUACCUGGCCGUAGAGUAUCAUGAUGGUUCACCAAUUCAUAAAAAUCUACUACAGCAAGGUAUAAUGGAUGUCACCGGCUUUGUGGAAAGCAAGAGUGGAGGCCGACGAGAUUGGCCACCGACGCGACUGCAAAUGUCCGCCGCUAGUCCUGGUAUCUGGGCUGUGAAAGUGGAUCUACGUAAUGAUCUACAGCUAGAUGAUCGUGCCCAAUCGCGGGAUUUCUUAAAUGGCGUAGAACGUAUGCGUCUGCAAGCGAGUUUCAUUGAUCCACGCGGUGAACGCGCUCAAACAGAACUUCUGAUGGUGUCACACUAUUCGCCACGCAAUCAACAUAUCAAGGUUUCCACGAGCACAGAUACGCCGGUCGUUGGCGAAUACAUCAUCUUCCACAUACGUACGAAUUUCUACCUGGAGGACUUCAACUAUUUGAUUAUGUCCAAGGGUGUAAUACUGGUAAACGAUCGGGAAACAAUAAUAGAGGGCAUACGCACUAUCGCAGUUGUACUGAGCGCAGAGAUGGCCCCAGUGGCUACGAUUGUCGUUUGGAAGAUAACACUCGCUGGCCAAAUAGUUGCGGAUUCGCUGACAUUCCCGGUGAAUGGCAUUUCGCGAAACAACUUCACGGUCUACAUUAAUAACCGUAAAGCACGCACGGGUGAAAAGGUUGAAGUGGCCAUUUUCGGUGAAGCUGGCUCAUAUGUGGGGCUCUCCGGCAUCGACAGCGCGUUUUACACCAUGCAGGCAGGCAAUGAGUUGACAUAUGCGAAAAUAGUUACUAAAAUGUCAACAUUCGAUGAGCAAACAAAUGGCACAUACAAGCACGUCUGGCACACGCAUGAGGGCACACCCGAUGAGCUAGUAUACUUCCCCGCCUCGUCGUUCGGCAUCGACGCGAAUCGCACCUUCGAAUACAGCGGGUUAAUUGUGUUCACGGAUGGCUAUGUACCGCGGCGUUACGACACUUGUAAUCGCACACUCGGUUACGGCGAGUGCCUGUCCGGACGUUGCUAUCCGCUAAAUAAGAAAUGCGAUGGGCUGUUUGACUGUGAUGAUGGUACCGAUGAAAUUGGUUGUCGCAUACGCAAUGACACAGAACUAUUAGAUUAUCGCAAGUAUCGUUUUAAUCGCAUUUUGCGACACUACGAAAAUGUUUGGCUAUGGAAAGAUGUAAAUAUUGGACCGCAUGGACGUUAUAUAUUCAAUGUUGAGGUGCCAGAUCGCCCUGCCUACUGGAUGGUGAGCGCCUUCAGUGUUAGCCCCUCGAAAGGUUUCGGUAUGUUGAACAAAGCGAUUGAGUAUGUUGGCGUACAACCGUUUUUCAUUAACGUCGAGAUGCCCACGCAUUGUCGACAAGGCGAACAGGUUGGCAUACGUGUGACUGUCUUCAAUUACAUGACCACGCCCAUAGAGGCAACGGUAGUGUUGCAUGGCAGCAAGGAUUAUAAGUUUGUGCAUGUCGAGGAAAAUGGUAUUGUACGUUCCUACAAUCCACGUACCUCUUUUGGCGAGCAUCAGUUCUUCAUCUACUUGGAUGCACAGGGUACUACGGUGGUUUAUGUGCCGGUGGUGCCACAAAAGUUGGGUGAUAUCGAUGUAACAUUGCAUGUGGCCACCUUGCUGGGUACCGAUACAAUUACACGGCGUCUGCAUGUUGAAUCGGAUGGUUUGCCGCAAUAUCGCCAUCAAUCCAUACUCUUGGAUCUUUCGAAUCGCGCUUACGUACUUGAAUAUAUGCAUGUGAAUAUUACACAAACACCAGAGAUACCAUACCAAGUGGAUCGUUAUUUUGUCUAUGGCUCGAAUCGAGCACGUAUCUCCGUUGUGGGCGAUGUGGUUGGACCGAUUUUCCCCACGAUGCCAGUGAAUGCUACUUCACUGCUCUAUUUACCUAUGGAAUCGGCGGAACAGAAUGCAUUCUCAUUUGCUGCGAAUCUGUACACAAUCAUGUAUAUGCGUUUGAUCAAUCAACGUAAUAAGACAACGGAAAAGCAUGCCUUCUAUCACAUGAAUAUUGGCUAUCAACGCCAAUUGAGCUUCAUGCGCCCAGAUGGCUCAUUCUCACUCUUCCGGUCGGAUUGGAAUAACUCUGCCUCGUCCGUGUGGUUAACUGCGUAUUGCGUCCGUAUUUUCCAGGAAGCUUCCUUCUACGAAUGGGAAAAUUUUAUUUGGAUUGACCCAACUAUCAUCGAGAAGAAUAUGCGUUGGUUACUGCAACAUCAGACGCCUGAGGGUGGUUUCUACGAAGUUACUUGGCUGCCAGAUCGCAAGAUGAAUCGCACGAAUUUUGCCAAUAAUACUAGUUUACAAAAUCGCAACGUUACGCUCACCUCGCACGUACUUAUCUCAUUGGCCUCGGUUAAAGAUCUUUCCGGUUCGCUGGGCGCGCGUGUUGCGCUGGCACAACAACGCGCCAUAUCAUGGAUCGAACGCAAUAUGCAAUUCUUGGAAGAUACCGAAGAGCCAUAUGACGUCGCCCUCACUGCAUAUGCCCUCCUACUCUGCAAGUCACCAAUGGCAGAGCAUGUCUUUUCCAUAUUGCGGCGACAUGCACGUGUAAUCGGUGAUUUUAUGUAUUGGGGUAGCAAAGAGGUGCCACAACCGCCAAAGAAAUUAGAAAAUCAAAAAUGGUUCUCACUACCGCGGCUGCCAUACGAAUUUGAUGCUAUGAAUAUUGAGACAACUGCUUAUGCGUUGCUAGUUUACGUCUCUCGCCGUGAAUUUAUUGUCGAUCCAAUAGUACGUUGGUUGAAUGCGCAACGUCUGAACGAUGGCGGCUGGGCAUCUACACAAGAUACCAGUGCAGCAUUGCGUGCGCUUGUCGAGUAUACAGUACAUUCGCGCAUACGUGAGGUUUCAUCUUUGACGGUGGAAAUAGAGGCGUCAUCGCAAGGCGGCAAAAUACAAGCCUUACACAUCGAUGACACGAAUUUGGCGCAGCUGCAAAGUAUUGAGAUACCCGAAUCUUGGGGAACAGUUAAGGUGCAAGCCAAAGGUGCUGGUUAUGCGAUAUUGCAAAUGCAUGUGCAAUACAAUGUUGACAUAGCGAAAUUCCAGACGAAACCGCCUGUGCCAGCAUUCGGUCUGCAUACUAGAGCCAUCUUCCACGGCAGAAAUCAGUCGCACAUAUCAUACGUCGCUUGUCAAAAUUGGAUUAAUACACGCGAAUCGGAACGCUCCGGUAUGGCGGUGCUUGAUGUCGCUAUACCUACUGGCUAUUGGAUACAACAACAACGUCUCGAUCACUACGUGCUAAGCAAUCGUGUGCGAAAUUUACGUCGGGCUAAAUACACUCACCAGAAGGUUAUCUUCUACUUUGACUAUCUUGAUCAAGAGGAUAUUUGUGUUAAUUUCACUAUCGAACGUUGGUUCCCAGUGGCGAAUAUGUCACGUUAUUUGCCCAUACGCGUCUACGACUACUAUGCGCCAGAGCGCUUCAACGAGUCCAUUUUCGAUGCGUUACCCACAUACCUGCUGAACAUUUGUGAAGUGUGCGGCAGUUCGCAGUGUCCAUACUGUUCCAUUUACAAUAUGGGUUGGCGAGCUACUAUGUCUGUGUCACUUCUAUUCUUUAGCGUAUUUAUAUAUCUAAUGCGCAGUCGAAUGCAUGUAGUGCUUAAUUGUCUGUAUUUGUUCACAUAAGCCACCCCUAAGAUAGUUAAAAAUCCAGGUUUGUGCCGUUCCUGUAUACUUUUCCUGGUCCCAAUAUUUGAGUUUGUGUUUAAUAUUAAGCUUAGAAUUGACGAUUUUUACCCUCAACUAUUAUUUUUUUUCAUAUACAAAUCUUUAGUGUUCACAUACUGCACACCAUUUAAAAUACCUAUAGUAUCAGCUAGAAAAGACAAGUGGAUGUAAUACAGUGGAAUAGCAUGCUCAGCUGGUUCCUUAGUCGCUCGAAUAUUUAUAUAAAAAAAAAAACUCCGAAAAAACCAACGUUACGAAACAUACGUAGUUUUUAAAUGUAACUUAGUUGCCAGAGCAACGCUCAGCAACCGUGUUCCGUCCAAUACUGUGGUCAUUAGUUGACAACCGGUUCUUGCGCCAACUCUAUUUUGCUGCAAUUUAUUUAUAUUUAGUAACCUUUUCUUUUAUGUUAAUCUAAUGCAGUAUGCUAAUCUUUGUUGAAAAAGCGUUGAUUGUAAUUAAACGAUGAGAUCCAACAAUAAUCAAUAAUUUUAUUUUAAGUAUAAACACUGAAAAUCUCAUAUGUACAAAGCUAAAUGAGCUGAUAUUUAAGUACGUAUUUUUUUUUUAUAUAGCAGAGGACUUCAGGUAGCUUACAUCUCAAAUAGGAUUCGUAACUUGAAAUAAAUAGCAAUCUCGAAUUAAUUAAAAAUUUUGCGUACUAAGUGCGUAAAUGAAGAGAAUACAAAUGUGUCUUAUAAACGGCAAAAGCCUUGUAUCUUAGUUAAGUAGAGCAUAUCAUUGCAAUCAAAAGUGCAUUUUCUUUAUUAAAGUCAUAAAAUGAGACGAAAUUAAAACUAAAAUUUAUACUACCUUAUAAAUUUUUUUAUUGAAAUUGUAUUAUUGAAUAAAACGAACACCUGUAGUAGUUGUUAGUGACGUAUACACAAACAAAUAGUCUUACUGUAUAAAUAUUUGCUUAAAAAUAUAUGUUUAAUAAUUACAGACAUUCAUGCG